AUGGCCGCUUCUCACCUCUCGGCCAUGGUGCCCCCCGCGCCGCCGCUCCGCGUCCUCAUCCUGGGCUCGGGCGGUCGCGAGCAUGCCAUCGCCCACCAUCUGCUCCGCUCCAAGCGCGUAGAGCACAUCUACUGCGCCCCGGGAAACGGAGGCACCGCCACCCUCGGUGACCGCUGCUCCAACCUUGACUCGCCCAAGGUCUCGAGCGACUUCGCCGACAUCACCGCCUGGGCCGUGCAGAACCAGAUCAACCUCUGCAUCCCCGGCCCCGAGCAGCCGCUCGUCGACGGCGCCGAGCUCGCCUUCCGCAGGGUCGGCAUCCCCGUCUUUGGCCCCUCACCCCUCGCCGCCCAGAUGGAAGGCUCAAAGACCUUUGCCAAGGCCUUCAUGGACAAGUACAACAUCCCCACCGCCGCCCACCAGUCGUUCAACGAGUCGCAGGUCGACGAGUGCCUCGCCUUCAUCAAGAAGCUUGGCGGUGCGCAGCAGGUCGUGCUCAAGGCCAGCGGCCUCGCAGCGGGCAAGGGCGUUCUCCUGCCCGAGUCCGAGCACGAGGCGCGCCAGGGCGUCGAAGACAUCCUCGUCAAAAAGGUGUUUGGCGACGCGGGCUCCUCGCUGCUCGUCGAGCAGCGCCUCGCUGGCCCGGAGCUCUCGGUGCUGGCCUUUUCCGACGGCUACACCAUCACCGCGCUUCCCGGGUGUCAGGACCACAAGCGGAUCGGCGAGGGCGACACGGGCCUCAACACCGGCGGCAUGGGCGCCUACUGCCCCGCCCCCGAGGGCCUGGUCGACAACCUGCCCGCCCGCAUCCGCAACGAGGUCCUCGUCCCCACAAUCGACGGCAUGCGCAAGGAGGGCUUCCCUUUUGUCGGCAUGCUCUUCGUUGGCCUGAUGCUCACCGCCAACGGGCCGCAGGUGCUCGAGUACAACGUGCGCUUUGGCGACCCCGAGACCGAGGCGGUGCUCGAGCUGCUCGACGAGACAAAGGUCAGCCUGGCCGAUAUCCUCGUCGCCUGCGUCGAGAGGCGCCUUGACUCGGUCCAGCCCGUCAUCCGCCCCGAGCACGCCGUCAGCAUCGUUCUCGCCUCGCCGGGGUACCCGGGCAAGUACCCCACGGGCCUGCCCAUCACCAUCGGAGCGUUGCCGCAGAAUGUCACCGUGUACCAUGCCGGCACCAAGCUCGAUGCCGCCGGCCAGCUCGUCACCGCAGGUGGCCGCGUGAUUGCCAUCUCGGCAUUUGGCAAGACGCUGCAGGAGGCCGUCGAGCUCGCCUACCAGGGCGUCGAUGCCGUCCACUUCGAGGGCAAGACGUUCCGACGUGACAUUGCCCACCGCGCACUGAAGCCCGCCGCCGCCGGUACCAAGGCGGGGCUGACGUACGCUGCCGCCGGCGUCGAUAUCGAUGCGGGCAACCAGCUGGUCGAGGUCAUCAAGCCGCUGGCCAAGAGCACGAAGCGACCGGGCUGCGACGCGUCGCUCGGCGGCUUCGGCGGCACCUUUGACCUCAAGGCGAUCGGUAUGCGCGACCCCAUCCUCAUCAGCGGCACCGACGGCGUCGGCACGAAGCUGCGCGUGGCGCUCGACGUGGGCAAGCACGACACGGUGGGCAUCGACCUCGUGGCCAUGUCGGUCAAUGACCUGCUGGUUCAGGGCGCGCUGCCGUUCUACUUCCUCGACUACUUUGCCUGCUCCAAGCUCACGGUCGACAUUGCGGCGGCCGUCAUUGGCGGCAUUGCCGAGGGAUGCCGACAGGCCAACUGCGGCCUGAUUGGCGGCGAGACGGCCGAGAUGCCCGGCAUGUACGUCGGCGAGGAGUACGACCUUGCCGGCUUCGCCGUGGGCGCCGUCGAGAGGGAGGAGCUCCUUCCCCGCCUCGAUCAGAUGCAGGCUGGCGACGUGCUGGUGGGACUGCACUCGUCAGGCGUCCACUCUAAUGGAUUCUCGCUGGUGCGCAAGGUGGUCGAGCGGUCAGGCAAGUCGCUCUCUGACGCCUGCCCCUUUGCGCUGACGGCCGAGGCUGAGGCGUCCGGGGCCAAGACGCUCGGCGAGGCGCUGCUGGCGCCGACGAGGAUCUACGUGGCGGCGUUGACGCAGCUCUUCCAGAACGACGCCGCCUCGCAGGGCCUGAUCGCGCUCUCGCACAUCACCGGCGGCGGCUUCACCGACAACAUCCCGCGCUCGCUGCCCAAGGGCCUGGGUGCCGAGGUCGACCUGCUGAGCUGGAAGCGGCCGGAGCUGUUCGAGUGGCUGCAGAGGACGGGCAACGUCGAGCCAGAGGAGAUGGCGAGGACGUUCAACAACGGCAUCGGCAUGGUCCUCAUUGUCAAGAAGGACAAGGUCGACGGCGUCGUCGAGACGCUCAAGCGGAGCGGCGAGUCGCCCGUCGUCAUGGGCAAGGUCACGGGCACCGAGGGCGUCAGCUAUACGGGCAUGGAGAGCUGGAGGGUCUAG